AUGAAAAAGGAGGUCUCCGCAGUACCGGAUUCUGACUUUGCCAACAAGUUUCGUCGGGUGCGCGCGUGUGCGAGAUGCCAUCGUCUCAAGAUGCGCUGCGUGUACGAGGACCCGAAUUUUGAGAGCUGCACUCGGUGCUUCAAGGCGAGUUUGAAAUGUUCCAUCACUGAAGACCCUACGGAGACAACUGCACGCUCGCGGCCGCGCAAGAAGAUCAAGCUCAAGGGCACGGGGCCCCUUAGCGCGCUCCAGACCAGCAUGGGGGAGGCGACAAGGCUUUUCCAGACGCUCCAAAGACAGAUGUCAGAAACAACAAACAAUAGUACAGUGACUCUGGACGGCCAAAAACUGGAUUUUUCGAGCCUGGACGAAAAUUUGAAUCCAGAGAGCCUGUCACAGUUGCAAUCGCAGCUCACAGACCUACAAAGGCUGCUGGCUCAUGCAGUCACUUUCAGUAAGGACGUGUAUCUCAGCUCCAAAGACCAAAGUGUCGCUUCUUCAAUCAAUUCGAUGAAGGAGGGCCCUGUGAAAAGUAUGCCAAACCUGCCUUUUGUUGCUUACGGUCCAAAUUUGGUCAAGGAGUUGAUAAAGCUUAAGAUUCUGAGCGAGGAUGACGCCCGCUCGAGAUUCGAGUAUUUUCUUAGCGAUGUGCUGUGCUACUGGCCCUGUGUCUCAAUUCCAUCGCAUUACACGUUUGACUGGCUUUUGGAGAAUGAGCCGCUUGUGUUGCUGGCGUUCAUCACCGUCACGUGUCUCAACGAGGCCGAUUUACACGAUACUCUGCUCUACUAUCUAGACAACAAUCUUGCGCAAAGAGUGGGCGUCCUGGGCGACAUUUCCCCCACUCUAGUGCAAGUUUACCUGGCCCUGUCGCUGUGGUGUUCUCCUCCACGCAAGUGGGGGUCAUACAAGCACCAGAUGAGUCUGUUGACAGCUUUGAACUUGACACUGUGUCUCGACCUCGGCAACGAGGCCCAUCGAACGGGUCCCAACGUGCUUAAGGAUGGUUCCGAAGAGCGCAAAAUUCUGCGCACAUACAUCGGCGUGUAUUCUUGCUGUGGAUCGCUGGGAUUGUCUCUUCCACGCUUCAAAGUGGUGAGCUGGACAAAAACGCACGAACGCUGUUGUCAAGUCUUGCUGAUGGGCGAGGUAAGCAGAUACGACCGGUUCCUUGCAUACUAUGCGCGGCUCGUGGCCAUUGGCGAAGAGAUAUUUCAAUUUCUGUGCCCGACAACGGCUUCUCCGUCGUUGGCUACGCGGCUGAACAUGCUUUUCAGUGCCGACAAAGAAACGCAGGACGAGAACUCGUUCCCGCACGAGAGUCUGCGCGCAAUGAUGAUCAGCUACGAGAAGAAGAUGCAGAAAUUGGCCACCGAAAGCGGCCUGCUCACGUCGGAGUCGAAGGAGAAAAAUCUGCUCUCCAUCAUCUACUACCAGCUGCUCAUGACGAUGUAUGACUAUGUGGUUUGCCGUGUUCUCGUGCGCAAGGACACGCUCACAGACGUUUAUUUGCAGACUCUGGACCGUCUUGUGCGGGCCAGCAUCAAGGUUGUGGACUCAUUUGUUGCUCUGAGCGACCAGACAUCGACGUUUCCUACUUUUUUCUACUACAGACCUAUGCAUGCGCUCGUUGCCCUGAUUCGGUCCCGACUGCUGGUGAAGUCGCAACGGCUGGACGUUGACGUGAAUGUGGAGCACGAGUAUGAGCGCGUGGCUGCUGCGCUGGCCAAAGUCGCUGCGCAGAGCAAGGUUGCUUCUCGGAUGACAAUGAUUCUCACACGGGUGCGCAAAUGGAUGCAGGUGUCGAACAAUUUCAACAGAGACGGCGCCACGAACUCGAUGGUAGACCUUCUGGACGAGCUGGGCAAGGAGAAAGCGGUUGAGAACAUCAGCGUCAACCUGAAGGGCAAGAAGGAGGGCGACAACGGGCAUCUGAAUCCGGACUCACGCAUCCAAUUCAACAAAUUUAUAAACUACAGCGCAGACAACAUGUCGCGCAAAAACGGCCGCAAGCUCUCGAUGAGCUCGUCGCGGCCGCAGAGCCGUUCGGGCUCGACGUACAUCCCGUCGCCGAUCGGUUUGAAUUCCAGCGAGAACAAUGACUCGCCAGGUAACGGAAGCGAGACGAUGGACCGGAUUCCAGAAUUAGGCAGCCUCGGACUCGAAAACUCUAUGGAACACACAACCGAGUCCCAAAAUUUGCUAAACGACAUCUUCUCGCAGAUAGACUCCGACAUACUCAACUUCAACGAAAACUCGGUGAUGGAAAUGAUGCCAGAGACCGACCUGAAUAUUUUCGGGCGUGAGGAGGGCUACGGGUUUUGGUGAAAAAUAUUAGAACGCUCACUUUGUACAGUACUUGAUAAAUUCGCUCUAUUCACAAGAUUGUCACAUCUAUUAGUCUUGAUUGAUGGCAUGAUAUCUUUUUCCACGGAACCCGAAGGUCUGCUGGUUAUAUUGGAAUACCUCAUGCGGAUUGUAGUCGUUGAGCUCCCAUUUAGUGGAUCCAAACACGUUCGGCACGAUGUCCAUCAAAAUGUCCAAGUCGUCAGAGUAGUUCUGGACGAGCCAGUUGUAGUCUCUCUGUAUGUCGCUGGUGUGGUAUCCUGUCACGAACACACCGCACUUGGAGUCUAAAAGACCCGGAAUGCUCUUCUCCCACAGCUCGGUGGAGACUCCGGAGCCCAUUCUCGGAUGGAAGCAGAAAAACACGUCGAGGUAUGGAUCGUAUGGGAAAAAGUCCUGGGCCUCGUGCAGCACGCUGAAGUCGUGAGUGUGGUAGUAGAAACAUAAUGUGUCGUCGACUCGCUUGACUAUCGGUCUCUCGGAAACAAGAUACUGCUUCUUUUCCCUAUCGUAGUAAGAUUCGGGACCAAUGAAAUGCAGCUCGAAAGAAAUACCGGGGAAUAAAUAUGUCAGCUCUUUCCACACGAACCCCGGCAACAUGGACUCGGACUUCGAGUUCAGCAGGAAAAUCCGUAUAGGACGGUCCUUCAACGACGAAACUCUUGUGUCUGGAUACAAAGUGUAUCUCAAAGCCGCCAGACUCUUGAGACCUUCGACGGAAACAGGACCCUUGGGCUUGAGGAAGUACGGGGAGUACUGAUGCACGAUGGACGCGAUGGUGCACGGGAAGCUCAGCAUCUUGGUAACAACAGCCAGCUGGAACUCUGUGUCCAUCGAAUAAAAGCGUCUCGUGUAUAAGUACGUAUCCCAGCUAGCAAAGUUGACGAGGGUGUCUUGCGGCUGCUGCGACGGGAAAUCAAACUCCGGGAACUGUCUUCCGGAUCUCAGGUCGUGCUCAUAGAUGUUGACUUUUUUCAAGAUUUCGUACCUUUUGGAAUCGUGGUAAUUGGUGUCUUGCUCCCACGCCUCUCUGGAGUGAUGCGUGGGUAUACCCGAAUAUGGACAGGUGUAAUUGAUAUCUUUGUUUGUGACGGGACACUUGGCCUUUGCCCGGAUGGUGGCAGCCCGCAUUCUUAAGUCCGGCGAAGGCGACUGGUCCCACGGAUGGAAUCUGUUUUCUGGCGUAGGAUCAUCAGGAGAAGGCGGUGGGUCCAUACAGAGCACACUGCGAAUAAAGGAGCCGAUCUGACGACUGCAAACGGGGUUUGCAACACCCCCUUGCACGGUCUUGCUAAUUUGGACGCGGACAAACAUGUAGCCCAGCAACUUUUUAUCUAAACAGGACACUUAGAAGCUC